AUGUCCCACAACCCCCGUCCUCUCAUCGGCUCCGUCUUUGAGCGCAAUCAGCUCUCAACCCCCGCAGCGCCCUCGUCUUCAAAGACAACCGCCACCGGUUUCCCCGCCGUGCAGCACCGCUCGAAGAGCGCGUUUGCGAGGAACCGGGAGAAAAAUAUUGCUGGUGGGAAGGUUUCUGCGCGCCUCAAAGAGCCGCCAUUGGUAUCGAUUGCAUCUGCAUUCACAACUGCCCCGGCGCACGCGCAGUCUCCCAAUGGUGCAGACGCCUCAGAUGACGACUGGCUCCGCCAGGUUGGUGAGGAGAACGCGCGCAAGGUCGCGUCUAUGACCGACGCUGAGCGCGAGGCCGAAAAGCGCGAGAUCGAGGAAAAGUUCGGGAGCGGUAUCGGCGAGAUCUUGAAGAGGGCAAAGGAGGCGCGAGAGGCACGAGAGAGGGAUAUGGAGAGAGACAUGGGCUCGAAGCAUGUCCAAUCUUCGCACUCACGUCCACAUCCGCCGCCGUCUCCUUCCCCUCCCCCCAUUCUCUCCACGGCCAGCACUCGCCCCUCCAGCCGCGCCGGUAUCAACCGUAAGCUCCGCUUUGCAGACAUCACCCCGAACGACGUGCACGUCUACGAGUCCGCCCCAUCUUCCCCGCGCCGCAAACCCCUGCUUGCGCUCCCACCCCCGACGCCCGAAGACCGCGAUGUCAUAAUGUCUCUUGGCCAGUGGACGGGGCGUAUGCCUCCAAAGCCGAAGGAUGACUUAGACCUUGAGUCUGCUGCCCCCGAGUCUGACAUCGUGGUCGAUACCGAACAUGAGCGUGAACUUGAGCCUGAAGAAGGUACCCCGGAAGACAUCCGCCGGCGUUUCUUCCCCUCUGCCCCUGCGCACGACCCCAAUCUCGCAUGGAUCGAGUCUCUGUCUGCUCCCUCUCGAUCCCUCUCCAACGCCCUCGGCCCCCCUACCACCAUUAGCCCUACCCCCUUUGCCCACUCCCCUACAGAUCUUCGCUUCGACCUUACCGGUACUCUGAUCUCACCCUCGCUCUCCGCAGCGUUGCCCACGCACCUCGGACUACACCACCACGCCGAGGGUACGCACGCGGGAUACACACUCGACGACAUAUUUCUCCUCACGCGCUCGAGCGUCGCUGGCCAACGUACAGCAAUGGUCGGCGUGUUGAUCGGAAUCAUCAAGGGCUUGGGGCAGAUGAAGCGGCAAAGCGCCGAGGGCUUAAACGUACUGCGCAGCAAAGCGGAGGAUGUGCGCGGGCGGGCGGUGGCGGCGGGUGUCGCGGCAAUGAGUGAGCAGGGAAGCGAGGGCGCACGCGCCAUCGAGCUGUUGUGGGAGUGCAUCGUUGGGUGGGAUGAACCUGUGUUUGCAUCCGUCGAUGGCGUCGAGCUGCGCGACGAACCGCCUCCUGCUAACGACCUUCCGACUGAAGCCCAGCUAGACGAGUCUCAGGCUCAUAAUUCAAAGAAUGCUGACGCGCUCGCAUCCCUUCCCGUCGAUUUUGUCCUCCAAAACGCUGCUCGCGCGUUCGGCACCGCGGCGCUCCCGCGCACAUCCCUCCUCCAGCUCCUUUCGAUUCUACAUCGACUGGCGCGCCAUUCGAACGCCCUCGCAGACGCGAUUGUCGCCGCGCCAUCACUGAUUUCCAACCUCCUCCGCACGCUCGUGCUCACAAGCACUGCAUCCUCCUCUUCCGCGCACGACGAGCAGCCGACGCCAGAGGCUAUCGACCUACUCAUGACGCUCGUCCUCGCUUCUCGCGCCAACGCGCGCGCGCUUGUGGGCCCUGCGGACGCGCUGCUGCGGUUCGUCGUCGCGCCCAUCCCAGCGGACAUAGAACUCGCCUUUGGGUCGGAGUCGACGUACCCGUACCCGUACUCCAGUACACUCGCGUUGGAGCUGAUGGGCGCAGCGAUAAGGCUGUAUGCCGCGAUGGCGGCGUAUGGGGUGUAUUCGAGCGUCGCGACGACGGCUGCGGAGCCGCUCGCUCGCAUAGGGAAAUACGUGUCGUUGUCGCUGACCCUUGCAGUGCGAAGGCCCGGCGGGGUGGCGGGGGCGAGAUUGAGAGUGGCUUAUCUGCAGGCGGUGGAGGCCUGGACGGUGUGCGCGGUCGAUCCGCAUCGGACGACGCCGGAGCAUGAGAUCCUGUGGAGUCAAGUCAUUGGGUGGGGGUGGGCGGAGGAGGCGAUCGAGAUGCGGGGGCGGUUGGUCGGUCAGUCUGAUGGAGAGGGAGGGGACGAACAGGAGGCCGAGGAGAUUUGGACGGCGCUGUGGCGCGUCCAGGCGGCAUGGUUGGAGGGCGCGCGGGUGAACGGGGUGAGAGGUGGGGAGGGGGAGAGAGCGGUUGUCGUGGAUGCGUUCAAGGAUGGGUUCGAGAGUGGGAAGGAGAAGGCGGUAUUGGCAAGGGCGAUUGAGGGCCUGCAGGACAUGUUGGACAUGUUGGGCACGUCGGCAUCAGCAACAACGCAGACGGAACAGGAGGAAGAGGAAAGGAUGGUGCGCCUUCGCACUAUGGCUCAGCACGCGAACACCAUCGUGGCCGCGCUUCGUCUCUGGCUCGCCUGUCUGCCCCCGCUUUCCUCCACGCCGCUCCCUUCACCACCACUCCAACUCCCUUUCCGCCGUCUCUCGACCCUGGCAUCCACUGUCGUAGCCCACCCCCUCCUCGCAUCCAUAUACAUCCAACACGCCCCAAGCUACCUGCAAGUCUCCUGCCGCCCGCUCACCGCGUUUCUCGCGAGCUUCGUCCGCAUGUCCCGCCGAAUGCCGACCACUCCCGACGCGCUGUGGCUCGCUCAGGCGUCGGCUGUCCUCGUUAGGUUGGUGCCGGGCGACGAGGACGUCGCGCGGUCCAUCAUUGGUGGUGUUGUCAAGGUGGUCACGGAGGAUUUCAUGCGUGGAAGUGGGCGUGCGACCCCUAGUGUCGUGUGGGAGCGGGGUGGGAUGAGCACCAUCGAGCCGUUCUUGACGUUUGGGCUCCGUCCUUUGAAAGAAGUACAUGCUCACGGACACGGUGACGGCGACGGCGAUGCUGAGGGAGGAGGUGAGAGUGGUAGCGGCAAAACGGAACGUGAGCACGUAGCCCCGGUGGUCCCAACCCCGCGCUCGAUCCAGCUCGCGACAACCCAGCGCCUCCCGCCUGCAUGGGCUAUCCGGCGCCGUACGCAUAGCUCUGCGUCAGGCUCUACAUCUACCUCCUUAGGCCUCCCUCUUGCGCGCGACUGGCCCCUCGCGGCGCUCGAUCACGUUCUGCGCUCAGGCACGUCGCCUGCAUGGCACGUCCUCCCCGACGCGUGGAACGCCAGCGAGGUCGAAGUAGUGCGCGCUUCUCUCCUACUCGGGAGCGUCGUGCGGAACGCAUUGGGCGCGCAUGGGCUCGGAGGCGCGGGGCUCGGGAUGAGCCGCGCGGAGGUUGUGUUUGGAUGCAUGAAGGUGUUCAUGCUGGAGCAUGGGCAAAACCAAGCGGCGGCAGCGGACGAGGGAAAGGUAGAUGGCGACGGUGAGGUGUUCCGGGAUCCGGCGGUGGGAGUCUUGAUGGAGGACCUGCUGGCACCGUGCACGCUGCAUAACUCCCCAGAUGGGCUCUCCGUCUCUCCCUCCAGCACAUUCGACGCGAGCGAUGACCUCGAAGCCGCCUCCGCGCGUUUCCUCGGGCCCGGGACACCGUUCUACCAGUUCUACACCGACUUCGUCGCGUUGUACGAUUCCAUCUCGUUCGCACACCCGCUCUUCGCCGCGCUGCUUCUUCCGCCGCUCAUGCGGCGCUACCCCGCGGACUAUCGCAAAGCGCUGCUGGGUGACGCUGCGCAUAUACUCGGGACGGUGCGCACGCCCGUCGAGAGGGCGAUCGGGGCGCGGGUCGGGGAGUAUUUGUGGCCGGCGGAGGAGAGCGCGGAGGUGGUCGGGGCGUAUUUGGGCGUGCUUGUCGGGGGGCGGCAGGCGCAGGGCCUGGAGGGUAGGGGACGCGCGGAGGGCUUUGUACGGUGGCUGGCCGUGCACCAUGUCGCGGCGAAUAUCUGGCCGGAUCUGCAUGUGGACGGAGAUGCAGGCCUAGUCAUGGGUGCAGAUGCUGGACACGGGCGCGAGCGCGCGAGGAAGCUGUUGGAAGCGGUGGUGGGGCAGGGCGCGCCGGACGUGGUGCAGGAGGUGGUGAUGUACUGGCAGAGGCGAGAGGGCAGUGCCGUAAUGGCUCCGGAGUGCUUUGCGUUGCUAGAGGAGCGGCGGGUCGCGCGCGCAGAAUGGGUGGCGCGGUGGGGCACCGAGCGGACGCGCGAGCGGCUCGCGGGGCUGUUGGCACCAUGA